AAGCAAAGCAGAGUGAAGAGACGGCGUCCUCGCAAUUUGUUCAUACAAUUAUUAUCCCAGUAAUCAUUAAAACUCGUAUCAAAAACUAAAUUUGCAUAAUCCACAAGAUAAGGUGACCGUGUGUGUGGAUGCCCACGAUAAAGAGGAAAACAAACAAGUGCUCGUCGGUCCCGAACAAUCGACGAAAUCUGUAGAAACACUCCUGACAGUUGAGCAGAGCAAGGAUAAAGGCGAAAAAUGAGCGACGACAGCAGUGACAGCGACUUUGAUGAGGAUCCGGACGAAAUCGGAGUCCCGGGUGGCGGUAAGGAUCUCGCUACGGUUAUGUCCAUCACGAGCUCGAACAAAAACGAGCCGCCGAAACCCUCCAACGUCGUGCCACAAGGUGUCAGUGGCCUCAAACAGCAGCCCUUGACCGUCCGGUAUAACCAACACAGGCCACCCGUCCCGAAUUUGCCCAAUUUCGGCACGCGCUUCGCCAACCACUCGAACAACUUGGUAGGGAUGCCUCAGGUGGUCAACCGCCCUGCCCAAGUCGGGCUCUCUGGCAAGGAAGUCUCGAAUAUGUGGAUGAACGCCGACACCAAGCAGAUGCCUGUCAUCAACCCUCAGGCCAUCAUUACCGAGGAAGACGAGGACGACGAGGAGAUGGGUGUCGCUGAGACUUAUGCCACUUACCGGCCGGCCAAGCUCAAACUCGGGAGGCCUCAUCCUGAUACCGUCGUUGAGACCGCGUCCUUGUCGAGUGUCGAGCCUGCGGACGUUUGGUACAAUCUGUCUAUUCCCAAUGACACCAUAAGAUCUGGAGCGCUGUCAGCUCUGCAACUCGAGUCCAUUACCUAUGCCUCUCAGCAGCAUGCUCAUCUCUUGCCCGAUGGCUCUAGGGCUGGCUUUUUUAUUGGUGACGGUGCUGGUGUUGGCAAGGGCCGUACCAUCGCUGGUAUUAUAUUUGAGAACUACUGUAAGGGAAGGAAAAAAGCCAUUUGGGUUUCCGUGUCCAAUGACUUGAAGUACGAUGCCGAACGCGAUCUCAUGGACAUAGGAGCGUCCCAGGUCAAAGUUUAUGCACUCAACAAAUUCAAGUACGGCAAGUUGUCGUCGAGUACGAAUGGGAAUGUUAAAAAAGGUGUCAUAUUCAGUACCUAUUCGGCUCUUAUUGGUGAAACAGGCUUAACGAGCUUAGGUACAAAGUACACCAGUAGAUUAAAGCAAUUGGUGCAGUGGUGCGGUGAGGAUUUUGAUGGUUUAAUAGUAUUUGACGAAUGUCACAGGGCAAAGAACCUUUGUCCCUCUGUUAGUUCGAAACCCAGCAAAACAGGUCUAACAGUAUUGGAGUUGCAAAACAAGUUACCAAAAGCAAGAGUCGUUUAUGCCAGUGCAACUGGUGCUUCUGAGCCGAAAAACAUGGCUUACAUGGUACGUCUGGGCAUGUGGGGCAAGGGAAGUCCAUUUUCGACUUUCAAUGAUUUCAUCGUAGCAGUGGAAAGGCGUGGAGUUGGCGCUAUGGAGAUCGUGGCCAUGGACAUGAAGCUCAGGGGAAUGUAUAUUGCACGACAACUUGGCUUCCAAGGAGUCACGUUCAAAAUCGAAGAAGUUCCUCUGUCCGAAGAUUUUAAAAAAACGUAUGAUCAGGCUGUUAAACUGUGGGUCGAGGCAAUGCAAAAGUUCCAUGAAGCAUCAAAUCUUAUACAGGCCGAAAGUCGAAUGAAAAAAACGAUGUGGAGUCAAUUUUGGUCGUCGCACCAACGGUUCUUCAAGUACUUGUGCAUCGCCGCAAAAGUCAAGCACACGAUAAGUUUAGCUCGAGAGGCACUCAAAUGCGGCAAGUGUGUAGUCAUAGGUUUGCAGUCAACUGGCGAAGCUCGAACUCUCGAACAAUUGGAACGCGAAGAUGGAGAACUUAAUGAUUUUGUGUCCACUGCUAAGGGAGUCUUUCAAUCUCUAGUCGAAAAACACUUCCCAGCACCCAAUAGAAAUAAUAUUAAUCGCGUGUUAGGAUUAAAUUUACCUCUGUCGAAUUCAGAUUCUUGGAUGAACCCUAGCAAAAGGAAAAUAGUGCAGCCCCCGAUUCAACCAGCUCCAAAGAAAAUCCGUAUUCUCGACUUGUCUGAUGACGAAUCAGUGGAACCGGAGAACGGAAAAUCAGACUCAAAUUCUGUAGUCAAACAAAUUGAUUCAGAAAGCGAAGACGAUGCGCAAUCCGACGAAGAGAAUAGUGACGUUAACUCGGACUACAAUCCGUUUGACAGCGAUAGCGAUUCAGACGUCGAUCCUUGGGAUAGAAGAAAAAAGAAAGAAGGAAAGAAAACCCUGAAGAAAAAAUCUAAAAAAUCAAAAGCUAACAACACUUCAACUCAAGAUACAAUACAGGCAAUGCUGAUGAAGAAAUCUGCACCGAGUACAACCAUGAUUUCAACAGCUUUGAAGACAACAACAGCAACAACAACAGUACAACCUACAGCAAUGAAGACAAUAAAUAUGGGUGUGGGAAGAAAGAGCAACGGUGUAGCAAGCUCUUCCUCUUCUGUAUCUACUUUGGCGCCCAGUCCAAUGAUUUCAAGUAAUGAAACACGUGAUCAGAAUGCAUCUGCGAAUAGCAUCGACCGUGCUUGUAACAUGAAAGAAGAAUUGCUAGCGAAAAUCGAGACUCUUGGCGUGGUACUGCCUCCCAAUACCUUGGAUCAGCUAAUCGACGAGCUUGGCGGUACAGAAAAUGUAGCUGAAAUGACGGGUCGAAAGGGCCGCGUCGUACAGACCGACGAUGGCUCUGUCAAGUACGAAACGAGAUCAGAAAUCGACGUGCCACUCGAAACCCUCAACCUCACCGAAAAACAGAGAUUCAUGAACGGCGAGAAGACGGUAGCGAUAAUUUCCGAGGCUGCGAGCAGUGGGAUAUCGCUACAAAGCGAUCGCCGAGCGCGAAAUCAGAUGCGUCGUGUUCACAUAACGUUGGAGCUGCCCUGGAGCGCUGAUCGGGCUAUCCAGCAGUUCGGUAGGACGCACCGUUCGAAUCAAGUAAACGCGCCUGAGUACGUAUUUCUCAUAUCAAAUCUGGCUGGUGAGCGAAGGUUCGCUUCGACUGUCUCCAAGAGAUUGGAAAGCCUCGGUGCCCUCACCCACGGGGAUCGACGAGCCACCGAAACUCGAGACUUGUCGCAAUUCAACAUUGACAAUAAGUACGGGCGUGCGGCCCUAGAAACUACCAUGAGGGCAAUAAUGGGAUUCGAGAAGCCAUUGGUACCGCCACCGCAGGACUACCGAGGCAACUUUUUCAAAGAUAUUGCCGUUGCUCUGGUAGGCGUCGGGCUGAUCUACAACGAGAACGGAAGCUACUCUUUGGACAAGGACUACAACAAUAUAACGAAAUUUUUGAACCGAAUCCUUGGCGUCCCGGUCGAGCUGCAGAACUAUCUGUUCCAAUAUUUCACGGAUACCCUCAACGCCAUAAUCACGCAUGCAAAGAGGUCUGGUCGGUUUGACAUGGGCAUCCUCGACCUCGGAGCUUCGGGAGAGUCUGUACGUCGCGUGAAACUUAUCCGCUUCCUUCGAAAGCACGCGACGGGUAUCGCACCUACAGAGUUGCACAUAGUUCACGUCGAACGCGGUAUGAACUGGGAGGAUGCAGAAAGUCGGUGGACUCAAACGGAGGAUGUCUUUGAGGGUUUCUAUCUGAGCCAUCACGUGCGCAACGGCAAAAGAUCAGUCCUGCUGGCAGUUUGUGGCAGUGAGUUGAAAAAAACCGAGUCCAAGAGAGACCAGCUUUACAUAUUGUACAGGCCAAACACCGGAUUGCAGCUGCGCCAAGAGACGCUCACAGAACUUGAGAAGAAGUACAAAAAGGUAAGAGAGGAGGAAGCAAGAGCUCACUGGAUCUCGCAGUAUCAGGCCUCGCUAACUACGUGCUCGCAUGCGUAUUGGCGUGGCAAUUGCAAGAACGCUACCGUAGGUCUAGAAUGCGAGACCGGCCUAAGACGUCGGUCCUACAAUGUAUUAUCUGGUUCUGUGCUCAGUGUGUGGAGCCAAGUCGAGACUAUACUGGCCUCGCGUCUUGGUAACAACUCCAAAAUGCAAGUUGUACGAUUGCGUACGGAGGAUGAUAUCAAGAUAGUGGGCACCCUCAUACCCAAGUCAUGUAUGGAUGCGCUGCGACAUGUCUUGCAGACCAAUGCCGAAAAAGUAGAGGAGCAAAACUUUUAGUUGUUCGUAACCAGAUCUCAAGUUUAUCUUACAUUAGUAGAUUUAUAAAUGUCAACCGCCUCAUCAUCUUUAUACUGGCAAAUCGUCGUUUUGAUUUGAAAUACUUUCAUUGUCAUAAAAUUCCGAGCGAACCGCUAGAUUUCAUUUGUAAGUGUAAAUGUUAUUGUAAAUAAUUUAAAUCACGAUUAAAUUGAUUAACGUGUAUUUUUUUUUAAAUACAGGCUGCAAAAAAAUUCACGAAUUUUUCUCAUUGACACUUUGAAGCACGUGGCUUUGUAAUGUUGAACGCGAACGUGUAAAUAAAACAUUUUCUUUAGCGUAAAUUAGCUUUUCAAUUGAUUUCCCGAACACGUAUUUUUUUAUAUCUGUGCCGUGUAAGCUUACACACUUUUCAUUCCAGAUGAAGAUUUACUCAAUCGGCUUAACGCCUCGUUGAAGCCUUUUAAUUUCAAAAGUGAAGACUUUGACGACAACUACGUGUUUGAAGAUAGUAUAUAGUUGUAGGAUUUUAGAAUUUUUACAAAAGUGUUGAAUUAGAAAAAUUGUACGUGCCUUUUGCCAAAGAAAUCGCAGUGUGAACUUUUACGUUUAUUACAUUUAAAUGAUAGAACUCAAGUGUGUUGUUGAUGAUGUUUGGCUGAGUUGCCACAAAGUUUUAUAAUUUAUCCCUUGUGAUGAUGUUUUGUAAGUUUUCGUAAUAAAUAGAUCUAUUUUUA